AUGGCCCCUCCUACUAUUCCCAUCAAAAUCGGCUUUGUUGGUCUCUCCAGUUCCGGAUGGGCGUCUGACGUCAUCGCUCCGGCGCUCACCCAACAAGCGCUCAAAGGGACUUACGACAUUGUCGCUAUUUCCAACUCCUCCGAUGCAACUUCCGCCAGUGCAGCGGAAAAGUACGGCAAGAUAGUGGGACAUCCCAUCUCCGCAUACUCUGGCAACACGGCCAAGAUCGCCUCUGACCCCAACGUCGACUUGGUCGCUGUGUCGGUGAAGACACCAAUGCACAAGGAGCUAGUUAUGCCAGUGAUUGAGGCGAAGAAGGAUUUCUUCAUCGAAUGGCCGGCAGGGAGGAGCUUGCAGGAGACAUUGGAGAUCGCAGAGGCGGCUAAGAGGAAUGGGGUCAGAUCCCUUAUUGGGCUCCAAGGACAUGACUCAGCGAUUGUCACCAAGAUCAAGGAAAUUAUCGCCAGCGGAAAGAUUGGCACCGUACUGUCCACGAACGUUAUCGGAACUGUUCCCCAGGAAUUUGGUGGAUGGGGUCCUGUAACCAUCGAGAACAACAGCUACGUCAUCGAGGCGGAAAACGGCGCGACCAUGCUCAGCAUCAUUAUUGGGCACUUUCUCAACCUGUUCACUCAGACUCUCGGCGACUUCGCCUCUGUCAGUGCAACGAGCACACUCAUCUACGACACCACGACUAUCGUCGACAAGGCGACAAAGCAGCCUACCGGAAAGACCUUAGUCGCCACCGAACCUGACCAUAUUUCCUUCUCUGGCGUGCUCAAAUCCAAGGCCUUCGUCAACGCCAUGUGGCGCACUGGCUACAAGAUGACUCCAGGCAGGCGCCACUUUCUUUGGGAGAUAGAUGGCGAGGAAGGCACCAUUCGCGUCGAGUCUGACCUUCUCAUGGGAGCAGCGAUUCACGUUGUUGACGCAGACCUGUACAUAAAUGGAGAGAAAGUUGAGUAUCGCGAGCCAGGCGCCGUUGGUGGCGCCAUUGACAAUGUCGCCAACUCGUGGAAGGAGUUCGCGAAGGGGGAGUUGGGUAGGCACCCCACAAUUGACGACGCCGUCAAGAAUCACCGCUUGCUCGCUGCUAUCCGCAAGAGCUUCGAGGAGGAUGGGAAAUCUGUUCGUUUUGAAUGA